GUCACAUUAUUGCACUUUCUGUAAACAUUGAAUUACCACAAUACAUACAUAAACAUAUUAAAACAAUAUUAAAAUGAGCGGAGCUCAUCGAGAAGCUAUUCAAAAACAAAUUCAUCAGGAUUGGGCAAACCGAGAAUACAUUGAAGUCAUCACAGCAAGCAUAAAAAGAAUCACAGACUUUUUAAAUUCAUUUGAUAUGUCCUGCCGAUCACGAUUAGCGGUGCUUAACGAGAAGCUUACAACUUUGGAACGACGUAUAGAUUAUUUGGAAGCCUGUGUAACUCAAGGCGAAACGCUGACGUAAACUUAUGAUAUGUAGAAUUAUGAAUAUUAUAUAUUGCUACUUUUCUUAUUAAAAAGACACAAAACAUA